AUGAGUUCACUCCUGCUCCUGGUCCUUGUGGGAGCUGCUGCUGCUGUCCCUCUUGAUAAGCAUGACAAGAUCGUGGGUGGCUAUGCCUGUCCGAGGAAUUCCCUCCCCUACCAGGUGUCCCUGAACAAUGGCCGAGCCCACUUCUGUGGUGGAUCCCUCAUCAGUGACCAGUGGGUGGUGUCUGCAGCCCACUGCUACAGGCCCUUCAUCCAAGUGAGACUGGGAGAGCAUAACAUCAAAGUUAUUGAGGGAAAUGAGCAGUUUAUUGAUGCGGCCAAGGUCAUCCCCCACCCUGGCUUCAACCGAAAGACUGCAGACAAUGACAUCAUGCUGAUCAAGCUCUCCUCACCUGCGUCCCUCAAUUCCCAGGUGGCCACUGUGACCCUGCCCACCUCCUGUGCACCUGCUGGUACAGAGUGCAUCAUCUCUGGCUGGGGCAACAUCCUGAGAUUGGGAGUCUACAAGCCGCUCCUGCUGCAGUGCCUGCAUGCUCCCCUGCUGAGUGAGGCAGUCUGUGAAGCUGCGUACCCUGGGAAGAUCACUGGCAACAUGGUCUGCGCGGGCUUCCUGGAGGGAGGCAAGGACUCCUGCCAGGGUGACUCUGGUGGCCCUGUGGUCUGCCAUGGAGAGCUCCAGGGAAUUAUCUCCUGGGGCAAUGGCUGUGCCCUGAAAAACAGUCCUGGAGUUUACACUAAAGUGUGCAAAUACUUGGACUGGAUUCAAGAUACCAUCACUGCCAACUGA